GCGCGCGGAGCCGGGAGGCAGGCAGAGCUCGCCACAGCUGUGCUUCGCCCUUUGUCGGUCUCUGCUCCUCGCCUGCGCCUUUCUUCUCUAUCCGGUAAGCAGGAUACAAAGAGAGGAGGGACGGACGGCAUGAACUAGAGACACAGCACGAGAGCGACGGGGCUCAGCAGAGGGAAACACGAGGAAACCUAACCGGACUACAGUCCAGUCCACGCACGGAUACUAAAAAAAAAUAAAAAUAAUAAUCCCCGGACCGGGUACGGAGCUCCGCCGAUGUACGCACUGGAUUUUACCCACCAAAGAGUGUCGAGACCAGGGGGAGAGAUCGCGCAGGACUGUCAGGGCUUUAGGAGGGCAUCAUGGAUAAAACUUUGCACAUUCUCCAGAAACCCACAGAGGUUGUAACGACUGGGAUCUCCCUGGAUAUGAGUUUAAACAUGGAUGAAGGGGAAAAUUUCCCAGAACAGCGGAUAGUGAGUCUUCCGGACAAAAUACCUUUGGUGAAACCUUAUUUCAAAAAGAAGCAGAGGAAAUUGGACACCAAAUGCCUCCACCGGGCCCUGGAGGACCCCAUACUGACCACCCUGCUGAGCACGGACGCGCUGGUGUCCGGCGACGGGGUCUUUGUUCCCCGGAACCCGCCGGGCAGGACUCCGGGCAACCUGUGCGCCGCCGCGGUGGUGGUGAAACAGAACCGCAUCGGCCAAGUGUGUCUCAAACCCCCGGGCGCCGCCGGCAACGCCGUGGCCGUGGUGCCGGGGCUGAUGGCCCGAGACGGGGACGUGGACAUAGCCGAUGCUGCCGCCGAGCUGGAGGAGACGGAGCGACGAGGGGAGCGGCCCAAAACCGCCGACCCCACCCCCGACGCCCGCUGCUUUCAGCCGAAAGCCGGCCUCAGGGCGGCCGGCAGCGCGGUGACAAUGCCGGCCCCCGGCAGAGAUGUACCUCCCACGGUCGCACCCCAGGCUCUUCACCAGGAGAGGGCCAUCAAAAGCGACGACCUCCCGACCUCUGGGUCUAAAAACCCUCCAGUCAAAGACUGCGCCAGGGUCCCGGACCCCCUUCCCCUCCUCCUGCUGCCCGACAAAAGAGUGCUAUUCCAGGACAAAAGUGAAGAGGCCUCCCUGGACCUGGUUUUUGAGCUGCUCACACAGCUCCAGUAUCACACACACCAGUCGGACUCUGUGGACAUUUGUGUGGAUUUCCUCCAAGGACAGUGUGUGUACGGCAACGACUGCGCCCACCACCACACCGUGCUGCCCUACCACUGGCAGAUCCGCCGGAGCGGCAACCAGACGUGGCAGAGCAUAGCAGACGACUCCCAGGAACAGCUGGAGAGACUUUACUGCAACCCGGACAACGAGCAAGUCCGCCUCAAGUUUCAGGGUCGCGUGUUCUCCCUCGACUUCGGGGCGAUGCGAGUGUGUGACCUGGAAUUUGACCGUGUCCGGCGACUGACCACUCCCGCCAGCCCUCUGCCGGCGCCCGCAACCACCCCCGCCCCCACCCCCAGCCCCAACCCCACCCCCAGCUGUCACACAGUGUGGAAGUACUACUGCAGAGACAACUUUGGCUGGAGGGAGUACUCCGAGCCGGUGGUGAAGCUCAUCGAGGAGGCGAGCUCGAGGGGUCUCAAGGAGGUGCGCUUCAUCACGCUCCAGAACCAGUACAUCCUCAACAUCAGGGAGGGCUUCCAGCAGAACGCCGUCUUCGGGUUCCGGCGUCAGAUCAAGAAGCGGCCCACGUUCAUGUCCUCCGUGAUGCUCACACCCCACCUACAGACUUUGGGCGCCCUCUCUUCAUCGCCUCUCCCGUGUUCCUCUUCCUCGUCCCCCUUGUCCAUGGACAUCAGCGUGUCGCAUCCCCUCUCGCCGACCACCACCAACCCACCCAGCCUUUUCCCGGAGACCUGGUUGCCCAUGACGAUGAGCCAGGACUUCCUGCAGGUGCCGGUGUCGCGUGAAGACCGCAGCUACCGGACAGUGUACAGCCUUUUCCACAAGACGGUGUCAGAGACCAAGUUCAGGAUCCUCAAGAUCCAGCGUGUGCAGAACCCCUUCCUCUGGGAGAAGUACAAGAGGAAGAAGGAGUACAUGUCGCGGCGCAUGUCCGAGAUGGACCGGCUGCUGAGCGAGCGCCACCUCUUCCACGGCACCUCGGCCGACGUGGUGGAGGGCAUCUGCAAGCACAACUUCGACCCCCGGGUCUGCGGCAAGCACGCCACCAUGUUCGGCCAGGGCUCCUACUUCGCCCGCAAGGCCGUCUACUCCCACAACUUCUCCAAGCGCUCGCCCAAAGGAGUCCACUGCAUGUUCCUGGCCAAAGUCCUCACCGGCAGGUUCACUGUAGGAAAUCCCUCCAUGAGGCGACCUCCACCCAUCAACCUACGUGACCCCUCCAGUGACCUUUAUGACUCCUGUGUUGACAACUGGGUGGACCCCCAGAUCUAUGUCAUCUUCAACGAUGACCAGAGCUACCCCUACUUUAUCAUUCACUACGAGGAGGUACCCAGCACUGUCGCCGUCUAAGCCCUGGAUCAGACCUGGCUCCGCCUGUAUUUGCAAACACUUACUCAUAGUUUGUUAAAGUCUGUUAAGUUGCCACACGAUGCGGCAAGUGAGAAAGUACGGUUCAGGCCAAUGAAGGCCAAUCUGCUGCUCUGAACCGGGUGAAACAGUCUUAGGAAACAAUUUGCAAAUACUGAGUGAUUUAAAUCUGCAGUCAGCUGGAUCCAAACCAGACUGGACCGCAGAGGAGACAGUCUCGUCUAGACCGGAUUAAACUGGACAUGACUGGACUGGCGCAGGGCGACACCUGUUUCAUCCGUUGUUCAAGAGGUGGAUGACGACCGACAUCGACAGCUGCGACCGCCACUGACGUGACCGGGCCCACAGCCCCCCCCCCCCCCCCUACCCCCCCCCGCUUUGUUAUCCAGUAGGACCGGGAGCCGAGCGACGGCCACAGCACCAUGUGGAUCCACCGUGUUGAUGCGGAUGCAGGAGAAACCGAAGAACCCGACUCUCUCUCGAUGGUUUUGACUUUGCUGGCGUGGCUGUACGUGAACUCGUUGCACGAGGGGGACGAGCGCCGUUAGCGUCCCGCCGCCUGCUUCGGAUGACGCUGGCGGUAUCGUUGUGAGGGGGCGGAGAGCGAACCGAUUCGGACCGCCGCGAGUGUCGGACACGUUCUUUUUCUCUUUCAAGUUUUUUUAUUUUAUUUUGUGCUGCGUGUUUGAAUCUUUUCAUUUGAGUGCAGAUGAAUCUUGUGGCCUCUUCGAACAGACGAAUAGACGCGAGUUUCGGUCGGCGCUUCUUGCCUUGGCGCCCACCACCAGUUACUUGCGGGGGGGGGGGGGGGGGGGAUUGAAGAGUG